AAAUUUGGCUUCGUGGACCUACAGUUACACCAGGUUAUUAUAAAAAUGAAAAAGUGACCAAAGAAACAUUUACAGAAGAUGGAUGGCUACAAACAGGAGAUAUUGGAGAGUGGAAACCAAACGGAAGCCUAUCAAUUAUUGACAGAAAGAAAAAUUUAGUGAAAUUAGCUCAUGGUGAAUACAUUGCGCUUGAAAAAUUGGAAUCAGUUUACAAAUCAACCUUAUUUGUAUCCAAUCUUUGUGUUUGUGCUGACUCGUAUCAGUCACGUCCUGUAGCUUUAAUUUUUCCUAUUGAAGCACGAAUCAGAAAACUUGCAAAGGAAAAAAACAUAACUGAAACAGAUUUUGAGAAGCUAUGUCAAAAUAAAGAAAUAACAAACUCAGUACUUCAAGCUUGUCUCAUCGAGGCAAAGAAAGCAGAUUUUAAACCCGCAGAAUUGUUAUCUGCAGUUACAUUAGUGCAUGAAGAAUGGACAGCUGAAAAUGGACUUUUGACAGCAGCACAAAAAAUUAAACGUAGGGAUCUUCAACAAAAAUACCAAGAUGAUAUUGAUAGAAUGUAUGGUAAAAAAUAA